CUUGCUCUGAUGUUAGAUCGCAAACGAAGCCGACUCUCCAUCCACUCUCGCUCUCAGUUAUAGUUUACGUUUACCACCUACAGCGCCUCCUCCCCUAGUGUGGUAGGUGUAUAUCGCAGUCGAUGCAAUUUCUUUGUUAUUUCACUUUGAAGGAACCGCUUGCACCGUGAAACACGACGCGCAUUCUGUAACGGCUUAAUCGCGGACGUGUCGACCUUCCCGCAAACCUCCGAGUGUGUGUGUGUGGGUGUAUGUGCAGUUUGUGUUUUCCAGGGAAAAUUUGCACCAAUCCCAGUUUGCCAUGCAGCGGUUGCAUUUUCGCGUGAAGAUCUAGUAAUGUCAUUCUUGGUGAAGUGUUUUUACUGCACUUGCAAACAAUGAACGCCACCCGAUCGAGCCGGUUGUGAAGGUAUGUGUUGGGUUUCAAAAGUGAACGAUUUUUGUGCAGUGCGAAGCAAAUUGUAGCGGUGUUACAGUGCCGGUGAAUUAAAACGGUGAUCAUAAUGAACGAUCAACAAUCAGGCAGUGGUUCUAUUCAGGCGAGUAAAAUCCUUUCGCUGUGCUGGAGUGCCGGAACUGCGGCAGCUUCCUAUUACGAUGUUGAUCAGAUGGAAAUGUAUGCCAUUCAGCAAGCUUUUGACCCGAGACCUCAAUACGUGCUGGUUAGAAAUCUGAUUCGACAAUAUAAUCCUCUGUUUCAUUUGGUUUCGGGAUCAAAAGACUUUUUGGAAGACGUUCAUGAGAUUCUGAAUCUACCGGACGGAACGAUGCUGCAGAAUCUAAAUUCAGGAAGUAUUACAGUCGAAGAGAGGGCUCGCCAUUGUGACUUUGGACCCAAAGCGAUCAAGGCAAGUGCGGUCAAAGUAUUGGCUAUGAAUCUACCGGGAAUUCCUCAGCAAGCAUCAGAAGCAGAACGCCGACUGUUCAUGGAGAGCGUCCUACCAUUCAGUCAGGACUUGUUGAUCCAUGCCGUGGGGUGCCUAUUGAAGUUGUUGGAUGGCCUAGCAUCAGAAAACGAUGGCCUUAUGGUGUCAAAAAUAAACAUUCUCGCUCCGGAAACCCUGCUGGUUAUCGAUGAACUAACCUACCAAGCUUUGCAGAUCUUCGAUUCGCGUCUGCAUCCCUCCGGUUUCAAGCGAAACAUGGAAAACAGCUCGUGUUCUCUAUUCAACCUUUUCAACAGAUGUUCGUCCAAAAUUGGGAAAAUGGAACUGAAGAGCAUCAUGCAACAACCGAUUCGGGAUGUGGUGGAACUCAAUCGGCGGUUCGAUACGGUGGAGUGGAUGAUUGAUACCCGCAAUACCAGUAGGUCUGACGAAAUGCGUAGUUACAUAACAAAUUUGACCAGAAUUCAGCCAUUGUAUAGGAAGAUCGCUGCAAAACGAGCGAAGAACAAUGAGUGGAAGUCACUGAAGAAGAACAUCUACUACGUGUAUCUGCUUUGUAAGCUCUGCUUCGCAGUGAAAGAACCAUCCAACGGCACGACUCCAAUCGCUGAUUUAGCAGAGUUUGUUUCACAACCGCAAGGUACACUUAAGCAACUGCUCUAUACCCUGGAUGAGGUUGUAGAUCUGGUACGUGGUGAACGGGACAACAAGUUUACCGUUAAACCUGGCAUCGAUCAAGAACUGGACGCGCAUAGACGCCAACUAGAUGAAACGCAGACAGCUCUGCUGGAAACCUCACGUCUAGAUAUCGAAAACCUUCCAAUCGAUGCGAACGACGUCUUUGUGACAUUCCUUCCAGGGUAUGGUUUCGUGUUCAGUACCACACGGAACGGUGACCUGCAGGACCUAUCCGGUACAUCUAUGAACUUUGUGUACCAAUCGGACACCACGGUGUACUUCCAGAAUAAUCUAUGCCGCGAACUCAAUACUACAUUUGGAGAUUUGUUGGCUUCCGUUAGCGAGCGUGAACAGUUGAUGCUCGAAAAGCUCGUCGUCUACAUUGAUCAAGUCAUAUCCGAAUUGAUAGACGUUUUCAAUACGGCUGCCAAGUUAGAUGUGUUGUUGGCAUUCGCAUCGGUUUCCUCAUCCCAAGACUUUUCACGCCCCGUGGUAUGUGAUCAGAAAAUUCUUAAGAUCAAACGAGGUAGGCACCCGCUGCUGGAGCAAAUCAAACCAUACCAGGCAAAUGAUACCGAUCUUAGUUCCGAUAGUGAAUGCUUUGUCAAAAUUUUUACAUCCGCUGAACCAUCGGGGAAAACGAUCUACCUCAAAGAAAUAGCCAUGAUUUGCUAUCUAGCACACAUUGGGUCUUUUGUUCCCGCACAGUCAGCAACUAUUGGAUUACUGGACUCGCUGUACUCUCGACUGGAUUUCCCAGAAUCGGUAUACAGUGGAAAGUCCUCGUUCAUGGGAGAACUGUACCAGAUGUCUAACAUCCUCUCCAACACCACAACCCGAUCUUUGGUGCUAAUCGACGAAUUCGGCAAAGGCACUACAUAUUCCGAAGGAAAGUCCCUCCUGAUCUCCAGUUUGGAACAUCUGCUAGCGAAGGGCUCCGAAGUUCCAAUCACAAUCGUUGCGACGCAGUUCACUCCUAUAUCGAACUACCUCCAUGGCUAUCGUUUCUUACGUAUAUAUUCUACCCAAACCGAUAGUUCCACCGACCAAGACCAAAUAUCAGCUGACCCCAAUCACCACCAUAAAGAACUCAUCGCCUCCGUCAUCCAAUCGCUGACCCUAACCCUGACGAAGAAAUUCCUCGACAGAGACCAGGCCGAUCCAGCACUUGUCGCCCAGCUGUACCAUUCUGUUUCCGUCACGCAGGUUCCACUCCGGCGCAGUUGAAGGUCACCCCGA